AUGGACCCACCAGCCGCUUUCUCGGGAUUCCCCGCUCUGCCCUCGGUCGCGCCGUCGGGGCCGCCGCCGUCGCCACUCGCUGAGGCCGAGUCCGGCCGGGGGUCCGAGCAGGCGGCGGCGGGCGGCGCAGAGGCGGAGUCCAGCCCCGCACCCGGCCCGGGGCGGCGGCGGCGGCGGCCCCUGCAGCGCGGAAAGCCGCCCUACUCGUACAUCGCGCUCAUCGCCAUGGCGCUGGCGCACGCCCCGGGCCGCCGCCUCACGCUGGCCGCCAUCUACCGCUUCAUCACCGAGCGCUUCGCCUUCUACCGCGACAGCCCGCGCAAGUGGCAGAACAGCAUCCGCCACAACCUCACGCUCAACGACUGCUUCGUCAAGGUGCCCCGCGAGCCGGGCAACCCGGGCAAGGGCAACUACUGGACGCUCGACCCCGCGGCCGCGGACAUGUUCGACCACGGCGGCCUCGCCUCGGGGCUGCGCGCGCCCGCGGAGGCCCCGCCGCCCCCAUUCCGCCUUGGGACUGAAGCGUCCCUUCCAGUUCGCGAGCCCUUGGGGUCUUCUUCCUCUACCCGUGAGCGCGCUGUCCGUGGGUCCCCACGCCACCACCAGCUGAGCCUCUCAAUUCCAGGUUCCCCAGAGGGCGCCUCCGACGCUUCCCUGCAGGCUCAAGCUGCCUACUUGCUGAGUGCUUGGGCAGCCCCACUCAUGGACUCCGGGUCCUCGCCGGCUUCCUUCAUCUCCCCACAGUCUCUCCCCACUCUCACCUCACCCCACUUACCCGCGUGUUCUUGGCUUCUUACUGGGAGGAUGCUCCCCUUCCACAUAGCUGCACUGGCUGCUGUUCGCCAGGGCCUGAGGACAGUUUUAGAGCUCAGAGACCAGCACACCGGGAGCUCCUGA